AAUGGCUUGUGAUAUCAUUUCACUAAAUUUAGUUUAUUCUGUUUCUCUUUUUAGGUAAUAGAGGGGUACGGCAUGGAAGUUUAGACAUUUUGAUGGGAAAAUAUAUUGGAAUGAAAGUCACUGAGGAAUACGAACAGCUUGAUUCAAGUUCAUCAUCAUUUGAAAUGAAUCAUCCAGACUUGAUAGAUGCCAGGGAAGAGAUAAUAGCUGAAACAGUAGUAUUUGCAUUUUUACAGAAACAGAUUAAUUCAGGGUUUGAUAAUUUCCUGAUUCCAACGAUUGGAAUAUCGAAGGAAGAUAUAUUGUUCUACCUAUAUGAUCCUGAUCAUGACAUUCUCCUUGAAAGUCCUCCAUUUAAUUUGUUUUUGAAAGGUUCAGGGAAGCCUUGCCUGUCAUAUGCUGCUGUUUUAGCAUUAUGGCUUACAAUAAAUUAUCCCUACUUCUGCACAGGAAUAACAAAUCUCAUGAAAGAAAGAGGUUUCACAGCAGAUUUUUUUCCCACUUGGGUGAUGAUACUCGUAUCCGACCAAUCUAUGAAACGGGCCUUCAACUUGGAGAAUGUCGUGGGAAGAAUAGUAAAAACUGAAGGGUACUAUUUACCUCAAGAUGGUGAACUUUGGGAGGUAGAAAAAGGAGGCGUACCAGUAAAGGAACAGUAACAAGAUACGAAUAUUCACAAAUAAAAUCUGUCAAACUAUUAUUUGGAAGCAAAGAAAGCAAC